UCGGCUCAGAUACAGCAUAAUGGGAGCUGUUUGCUCGGCGGGGACUGUUGAGAGAAACGAAGAAUUUGGAAGGAAGAAUUUCGGGUUCUCCGGAAAGCUAAAGAAGGAAAAGAGUUUUACUAAUUGGGAAGGGGAUUCCUCUCCGGCUUCCAGCAAGAAAGAUCAUGGAAAAAGGCAAAAGAAGAGAGACUCUGAUGAGCUCCAGUUGUCGUUUUCCAGUGAACUGAAGUCGUCGACUCCAACUCGAGCAGGGGCAUGGAGGGUCACCCAGAGAGGCUCCUUCUUGGGAAAAGCGGGCGAGAGGGCAGUAGAAGUUCUUGACUCACUUGGAAGUAGCAUGCCAAAAUUGAACACCAGUACCGGUUUUUCCUCUGGCAUUGCUUCUAGAGGAAAUAAAAUAUCUAUAUUGGCGUUUGAAGUAGCUAACACAAUAACCAAAGGAUCAAUUUUGUUCCAAUCACUUUCAGAAGAGAACAUUCAGACCCUCAAAAAGGAGGUUUUACAAUCUGAAGGGUUGCAACACCUAGUUUCAACUGAUAUGAAGGAGUUACUAAGUCUUGCUGAAGCUGACAAAAGGGAAGAAUUUAAUGUCUUCUCGCGGGAAGUAGCUAGAUUUGGGGAUGCAUGUAAGGACCCCCAGUGGCACAACCUAGAUCGAUAUUUCUCAAGAUUAGAAUUGGAUGCCUUCGGUGACAAGCAACCUAGGGCAGAGGCAGAAAAGACAAUGCAGGAGUUGACCACUCUAGCUCAGUAUACUGCUGAAUUAUAUCAUGAAUUAAAUGCUUUUGACCGGUUUGAACAAGAUUAUCAGCAAAAGAUUAAGGAAAUGGAGUCCCUAAAUCUUCCUCUGAAAGGGGAGAGCCUCACAAUUUUUCAGAGUGAGCUGAAGCAUCAAAAAAAGAUUGUAAGAAGCUUGAAAAACAAGUCUCUGUGGUCUCAAAAUUUGGAGGGGAUAGUUGAAAAGCUCGUUGAUAUUGUGAUCUAUAUGCAUCAAGCAAUUUCUGAGUCACUUGGAAAUUAUGGUAUAUCUGUUGCAGUUGUCAAUAAUGGUAAGGGCCCUCAAAGACUAGGCGAUGCUGGCCUUGCGCUGCACUAUGCUAAUAUUACCAGUCAGAUAAAUAUGAUUGCAUCUCGUCCGAUGUUUGUUCAGCCUAAUAUGAGGGACACAUUAUAUCACGCGUUACCCAAUAAUAUCAAGGCUUCUCUUCCAUCCCGCUUGCAAAUUAUUGAUACCAAGAAGGAGGUCUCCAUUACUCAGGUCAAAGCUGAAAUUGACAAAACUCUUCAAUGGCUUGUUCCACUUGCCACAAAUACGACCAAAGCACAUCAAGGUUUUGGAUGGGUUGGCGAAUGGGCGAAUAAAAGUAGUGACUUUGGAGAUGAUCCAGCCAGAGAAAGCAACAUAAUCCGCCUCCUGACGCUUCACUAUGCGGAUAAACAGAAGAUAGAUGUUCACCUUCUUGAAUUAUUAACCCUGUUGCACCAGUUGAUGAGCAUUGGAAGAUAUAGACACGAUGCCAUGAAGCCAAUGGCCAGUCGAUCUCCUUCGAAGGGGCUUGAUUUUCAGUCAAAAAUACAGCACUGGAUAUCUAUAGAAGGUAGUAGGAAAACGGUGGGAAUAAAACUAUCUGAAGAGGAUAGGAGUUUGCUGGAGGAGGUGAUGGCGAGGAAGAGGACUCCAGGAGUUAGCAGAAGUGAGGAUUUAGCGUUUGCCAAGAAAAAAGAAGGUUUGGGCAGAGAUUGGCGCUCCAGCAGGAGUGUUGGAAGCUCGCCCAAUAACGAGUUGGAUGCCAGACCGCGCUGGGACCAUGAGAGCCCCACCCGUUUGGAUAUUUUGGAUGGUUUAAAAUAUUGAAGGCUUUCCUCUUCACCUCUUUUGUAGUCCGCUUUCUUCCAGCCUUUAACGAAAUUCUUUCUAGCUAAUAUUGUUUAUUUCUGUAUAUAUCUUUAUAGAGGUA